AUGUGUAUAGACCCAGUCACCAGGUGCUCACCAACUAGUCCCUCCCCCAGACCUGGCUCCAGUAUGGGGCCCCGAUGCUUUGAGGUCUUCAAAGUAAUCCAUAAACUGGUGAACACAGAGGAGGACAUCCUGAUGGUGGCUACAGAUGUUAUCAGGGAGUUUGCAGCUGAUGGUGUCAAGUAUUUAGAGCUCAGAAGCACGCCAAGAGAAGAAAAAGACACAAGAUUAACAAAACAGAGUUAUGUUGAGACUGUCAUCAAAGCCAUCCAGAGGUGUAAAAAUGAAGGGUUGGACAUUGAUGUCAGGUUUCUGGUGGCCAUUGACCGCAGAAAUGGGACGGAGGUUGCCAUGGAGACAGUGAAACUGGCUGAAGAGUUUAUGCUGUCAUCUGGUGGUCUGGUGGUGGGAAUCGACCUUAGUGGAGAUCCAAUGGUGGGCCAUGGAAAAUAUCUGCUUCCAGCCCUGGAGAAGGCCAAACACUGUGGACUGAAGUUGUCCCUGCACCUUUCAGAAGUUCCCUCCCAGCUGGAGGAGUCAGACUUGCUGCUCAAUCUUCCUCCUGACAGGAUCGGUCAUGGAACCUUCUUACAUCCUGAAAUGGGUGGAUCUCAACACCUUGUUGACAAAGUGGUGAAAAACAGGAUACCCCUCGAGAUGUGCCUGACAUCAAACGUUAAAGGACGAACGGUGCCAAGUUACUCCCAACAUCAUUUCAGGUACUGGUACCAGUUGGGACAUCCAAGUGUGAUCUGUACUGAUGAUAAAGGAGUGUUUUGCACAGACUUGUCUCAGGAGUACCAGCUGGCUGCGUCUACGUUUGAGCUCGGCCAUGAGGCAGUAUGGAGGCUGUCCCAGCAGGCCAUAGACUGGGUCUUUGCAGACGAAGCCCUGAAACAGCAGCUGAAACAGAAGUGGAGUGAUCUACGGCCACAGGUGCUCAAUUUACCUGUUCAGAAAGUUUAA